GGACCUGAUGGCGAGAGGGCGUCGGCGACGUCAAGGGCUGCCACUUCGUUCGGGAUCUUUCAGCAGGAUUUUGGCAACACGGCCGUCUUGGCUUCCGAUACAUGGAUAAAGCGAGUCUGGAAAGAACUGGAGACCAUGGACAUCUAUGUGGCCUUUGAUUCUCCGGCCUUACCACUACGAUGCGUUGGUGAUGCUCUGCUGGUGGAAGUGUUUAUGGAUUUGGAGGUGGACCAAGACGAUCUGAAAUGGCUCAAUUGGUGUCGUAUGUUCCUUCAAGUGUGCACCGUUUCCGAUAUUGUCACGGCUGAUGGACGCUCUAUCCGCCAGUCGGCUUGGUGCGGAGAGCGUGAUGGCAUCCACCGGUCUCCAUAUCAAUGGCCACGGACAGUUCAACCAAACCGGGACCACUGGCGUCUAUAG